AUGUCGACCAGCAAUGCGCCGCAGCCAGUCAAGUUAUCUCUGCCUCUGGAAUACCAGCAGCAGCUGUUCCAGGAGCUUCGAGCCGAAGAUGAACUCGUGAUCCUGGCCCGCGGGCUGGGCCAGAUGCGCCUCAUCACAAACCUCCUCCACUCCUACGAUGCCGCCGGGAGCAACCUCAUCGUCCUCGUCGGCGCAGACGAGCGUGAGAACAACUGGGUUGGCGAAGCACUGGCCGAGCAUGCCGCCAUCAGCGCAUCUACCAAGGCACGGGGCCUGACCGUUGUCAAUACGGAUUCUCAGACCGUCGGUGCCAGAGAGAAAAUGUAUGCAAACGGAGGCAUAUUCAGCAUUACGUCUCGUAUUCUCGUCGUCGACCUCCUUACGGGACUGUUGAGUCCCGAGCUCAUCACCGGCCUUGUUGUCCUUCACGCAGACAGGAUUGUUGCCACUUCCUUGGAGGCAUUCAUCCUUCGAGUGUAUCGGCAGAAGAACAAGGUCGGCUUCCUCAAGGCCUUUUCAGACAACCCAGAUCCUUUCACAACGGGCUUCUCACCAUUGACCACCAUGAUGAGAAAUCUAUUUCUCAAAAAGGCGUCUCUCUGGCCGAGAUUCCAUGUUACCGUUGCACAAUCCCUCGAAGGCAGGAAAAAGGCUGAAGUCAUUGAGCUUGAGGUCCCCAUGACGGACUCCAUGACGGAUAUUCAGAAUGCAAUCAUGGAAUGCGUCGAAGUCAGCAUCCACGAGCUCAAAAAGGGCAACUCGGGCCUGGAAAUGGACGAUUGGAACCUUGAUAGCGCACUGCUCAAGAACUUUGACGUAAUUGUCCGUCGCCAGCUCGAUCCCAAUUGGCAUCGGGUCAGUUGGAAGACGCGGCAGAUCGUUAACGAUUUGACCAUCCUCCGCGGGCUGCUUAGCAACAUCCUUACCUACGAUGCUGUGGCUUUCCUGCAACACCUCGAUACUAUUCACGCCGCACACUCCCCUCCUCCCGGAUCGACCCGACAAUCCCAAUCGCCUUGGCUGUUUUUGGAUGCUGCCCAAACCAUAUUUGACACUGCCCGGAGGCGUGUAUACUCUGCUAAUCCCAAAAACGUAUCGCAAAGCGGCGAAAAUAUCGAUUCUUUGCGACCCGUCCUUGAGGAAUUGCCAAAAUGGGGUGUUCUGGCAGAAGUCCUGGAGGAGAUUGAUCGAGAUCUGUUUUUUGAGCCUAAAGCUCGUGAUGACUCUAACGGAGGAAUAUUAAUCAUGUGCUCAAAUACAGAUACUUGUCGACAGCUUCGAGACUAUCUUCAAGUUAUGCAUGUGAAGCCAAGGGCAGACAAGGAGAAGCUUCCUGCCGUAAACGACCCCGAGUUCGAACGCGAACGUGCUGAGGAAGCCCGCCGGCCGUCUGCCAACUUUAUGAUGAGGCGAAAGCUUCGAAACUACCUACGGUGGAAACGACAAUUUGCGCAAGUCAGCGCCAGCUUGUUCUCCGAGAAUCAAAAGGCUCUCAACGGUGCAUCGGAUCCACGUCCGGGACACGGCGGUCUAAGAGGAGGCAAAGCGCCAGCAAAUAAGAGGCGAAGAAUGCGAGGCGGAGCUAGCUCGAUGGCCAUGUAUGGACGUGCUGAUAACGGGAGCAUUGCGCAAUAUUUUGAGAAACCGGCCGAGGUGGCCGAUCUACUGGCAGAAGUUCAGAUCACAGAAGAGGAAGCGCAGCAGCAGAAAGAGGACAUAAUUGCCGAUCCGCUGGAAGACAUGGAAGACUACUAUCAGCUAUAUGAGAUGCAGGACCUGCUUGUUGUGCACGCCUACGACGGAGACCAAGAUGAGCAUGUGUUGGAGGAGGUUAAGCCGCGAUACAUCAUCAUGUAUGAGCCAGACGCCUCCUUUAUUCGCCGGGUGGAAGUGUACCGUUCGUCUCACAAUGACCGCAAUGUCCGCGUGUACUUUUUGUAUUACGGGGGCUCGGUUGAGGAGCAGCGAUAUCUGUCUUCCGUUCGACGGGAAAAAGAUGCCUUCACCAAGCUUAUCAAAGAGCGAGCGAGCAUGUCGUUGGUAAUGACGGUCGACCCGCACGGCAUGGAAGACCCGCAGGAAGCCUUUCUGCGCACCGUCAACACCCGCAUCGCCGGAGGCGGUAAGCUGGCGGCGACCGCCGAACCGCCUCGAGUCGUUGUCGACGUGCGAGAAUUCAGGUCUUCGCUGCCGUCGCUGCUGCACGGACGCUCCAUGGUCGUAGUACCAUGCAUGCUGACGGUGGGCGAUUACAUCUUGUCACCCAACAUUUGCGUUGAGCGAAAGUCCAUCAAUGACUUGAUCUCAUCCUUUAAGGAUGGCAGACUAUACACCCAGGCAGAAACCAUGUUUCAGCACUACAAAAAUCCCAUGCUGCUGAUUGAAUUUGACCAAAACAAGUCGUUUACCCUUGAGCCUUUUGCCGAUCUUUCGGGCAGCCUCAACAGCGUGGCCCCCACCAACGUGUCGUCAGAUCUCCAGUCUAAGCUGGUGCUACUGACGCUGGCCUUUCCUAAACUGCGCAUCAUCUGGUCAUCCUCCCCGUACGAGACAGCAGAGAUAUUCGCUUCUCUGAAAACCCUGGAGCACGAACCUGAUCCGAUCGCAGCAGUGCAGGCAGGCCUGGACAAGGACUCCAAGGUAGAAGACCAGGUCUUCAACCAAGAGCCGCAGGAAAUGCUCUCCAUUGUACCAGGCGUGACGCCGCAGAACAUCAAAAGCCUAGUGCUAGAUACGGAGAACAUACGGGAGGUGGCCAACAUGGAGCCCAAGGAGCUGGAGCCGAUUGUAGGCAGGGUAUCGGCCAACAAAAUCCACGGCUUCUUUAAUAGGAAUGUGAUGGAGGAAGAUGACUGA